GAAGUGCGCGACGUAACUCUAACCUAACCUAACGAUUUAAAUCGGUCUUUAUCGAACACGUUUUCUUUCCUGAGAGUGAAAAAGUAAAAAAUCAAUUAAAAAAGUAAAAAAAACCACGAUGAGAUCGCGAUUUAUGCGAAAGUCGUUGUUGUUCGACACAACGGAAAUAAAAUUACAGAUGAAAACGUAUAGGUUAGGACAAUCAAAGGAUGAUCAGAUGAUGAACAUUAGACGAAAGCUCAUGUCACGUUCAAGAGUUAUCUUUUUCGGAACAAUUUCGAAUUGCUUUUAUGUCAUGUAAAAAAAUGGACAGAUAACGAAUUUUCGAAAUGUUUUUCAUUAACACGUUUCUGCAUACCGAUAUUUUCUUGAAUGUAUAUAUAUUCACUUCACGAUAAAAUGUACUGCGCGUUUUGAAUGCCGCCGAGGUUAGGUACAUGUCGAUGAAAAUGUCGAACGUUAUCGUGAGGUCACGCUUCAGCGGAUAUUUAAAAUCCUUUCGGUAUCUGUGGCAACGGCAAAACUGCACAGUAAUUGAUUCAACCAAGAUCAAGCAACAGAAUUUAGAAGCUAGACAAAAAGAAAUCAUGGCACGUGGCCUUCCAAAACGGAAACGCAUAAAGGAAGUGAAACAAAUUUUGCUUAUUGCCUCUGGUAAAGGUGGCGUUGGAAAAUCGACAACAGCUGUGAAUUUGGCAACAGCUCUAAAAAUUAUUGAACCAAAGAAGUCCAUCGGGUUGCUGGAUGCUGACGUUUUCGGACCUUCUAUACCUCUAAUGAUGAACAUACAUGAAUCACCUGUUUUAAAUCAAGAGAAUUUCAUGGAACCUCUUGUAAAUUAUGGUGUGAAAUGUAUGUCCAUGGGAUUUUUAAUUGAUGAGAAAUCACCAGUUGUUUGGAGGGGACUCAUGGUGAUGAGCGCAUUGGACAAGCUAGUAAAUCAGGUAGCAUGGGGGCCACUUGACUACCUUAUUAUUGAUACUCCUCCUGGGACAGGAGACACACAUCUUUCUUUGAUUCAGACUCUUUUUAUCACUGGUGCAUUGCUGGUAACAACACCGCAAAAAGUUGCGCUAGAGGUGACCAGGAGAGGUGCGAAUAUGUUCAAGAAGUUGAACAUUCCUGUCGCUGGUAUUGUGGAAAAUAUGAGCAGCGUUACUUGUCCAAAAUGCAUGACGGAAGUACCUCUUUUUGGUAACGCAACGCUCUUGCUAACUAAAGAACUAGGUGUAGGUAUUUUACAGAAGAUACCGAUGCACGACAGCAUCGCGGAAAGUUCAGAUAGCGGUAAACCGAUUGUCCUGGCAGCACCAAAAAGCAGACAAGCAGAAGCUUAUAAAGAAUUAGCAGAACAUGUUGUUACAUUUUUAAAUAAGCAGGAAAUGAAUGAAGAAUAAUAAAAUAGAAUGAUUAAAAAA